AUGGCGGAAGGCAGAGCAGUGGAUCUGGACAUCCAGUGUCCUGACAUCGAGACUCUGCUCAAAAUCUCGCUCCGGAAGGGGGACACCUGGUACCUAGUUGAUAGUCGCUGGUUCAAACAGUGGAAAAAAUAUGUUGGCUUUGACAGUUGGGACAAAUCCCAGAUGGGAGAUCAAAAUGUAUAUCCUGGACCUAUUGAUAACUCUGGACUUCUCAAAGAUGGUGAUGCCCAGUCACUCAAAGAGCAUCUUAUCGAUGAAUUGGGUUACAUAUUAUUGCCAACGGAGGGCUGGAAUAAACUUGUCAGCUGGUACACGUUGAUGGAAGGGCAAGAACCAAUAGCACGGAAAGUGGUUGAACAGGGUAUGUUUGUAAAGCACUGCAAAGUAGAAGUAUAUCUCACAGAACUGAAGCUUUGUGAAAAUGGCAACAUGAAUAAUGUUGUAACUAGAAGAUUUAGCAAAGCUGACACAAUAGAUACAAUUGAAAAGGAAAUCAAAAUAGGUGCACCUUCCUCGGUGUAA